AAAGCAACAACUGCGCCUGGCUCGCCUUUUUAGUUUUGACAUCUUUCUCUUUUGUGGGAAUUUAAUUACUGACGAGAUAUAUAUCGUUUUAAUAUAAAUAUUUACAGAAAAAAUAUAAAUAGAAGGUUUCUUUCAGUGUUAAACUGAUUUUGUAUUCAAGAAUACUUUUCAAUGCGGUGUUCGAGAGUUCAAUAAACUUGUAAGUCAGGUCUGCACGGAGGCCUUUUAGAAAUGUCAUUGGUUACUGGUAUUAAUAGCGAAUACAUAGUGAUUUUCUAGUGACUUUCCUGGUUCUACUUAGUGAUAAACAAUUUGAUAUGGAUAACCAAACAAAUCAAGAAAGGACCGUGCCUAUACAGUACGUACGUGGGUCACGAGCAUUUCGUCAGUUUAAGAAUCCUCCACAGCCUCAUAUGUGCAUUCAGGAUACGAUAAAGGACACUACUGAAAAGUUGUAUAUUAAUGUUUUAGGUUGGCAAAAAAUUGCCAAUCCAAAACAGUACUCAGAUCCUAUACCAUUGUAUGGUGGAAUGCAGGUACACCAAGGGUGUGGUCCAAAUAGUAAUAAGCCACCUCUCUUAGUAUUUGCUGUUAUGGUAAACCCAGAUAUUUUAAAGGCCAAUGGAAAAAAUGCUGCAAACCCAACAGACAGGGAAGCUCUCGUCAGUUUGCUCUGCGACUUUGUAGAGGCAAUGAAUCCAGGUUUACUACUAACAAGAAACCCAAUCAUUAUGAAAGACAAAGACAUAACCGGGGAGUUGAAGGAUGUGUGGCUGGCUGUACAGAAUAAACGAGAAAGAGAGAAAGGGCUGAAUCAAGAUGUUAUGUAUAAGGUUUAUGACAUUGAUGGUAUCGGAUCAGAGGAUGGUAUUGAGGAUGAACAGGCUUUAAGAAAUUGUCAGCAAAAUGACACCGGCUCCCCUAAUAGAAUACAGAUGUCUGACAAGAAGAAUACAGUUAAAUCAUCGAAACAGAUACUCAAAAACGCUGGUCAGAAAUCUGAAUUUGAUUCGGGAAUGAACAACUAUCAGCUGAAUCAGAAUCAGUCAAGUAGAGACAACGCAGACACCACAUACUGCACACCAGUCUACGGCCAAAUAGUUUCGAGCAGAGAAAAUCACAAUCAGAUCAAUGAUAUACAACAGAAAUUCGCUUCAAACGAAAUAACAAAACCUUCAAGCUCAUUCAAAAAGGACUGGCAGUCACCUCAUGGGAAAUCCACAACGGGUUGGGACGAAUUCUCUAAACGCAGUUUGCCGCCAAAAACAAAUGACAAAUACAAAUCUAGAAGUGACAAGUCGAACAAGCCAAUGAGUAACGGCAAGUCACAUUACGACUUCUACCCAGUAUUUGACAAUAAAGCGUCGAUCGUUGCCAGUCCUGAAUAUUUGGACGCCGAUAAGAACUCUGUUAUAGAACAAGAUAUUAAAGACAAUUCUAAAAUUAUUAUAGACCCAAUGCAGAAAUUAGUUCUGCAUUCGACUGAUAACAAAAUAUGUGAUAACAAAACAAGUGCUCUCAGCUCAUUUAGCUCAUAAUUAUUGUAGCUUUUACAGAUAACUUUUGUAUGGAAUGUAUUGGCUUAAUGUUGUUUAUGAAGUAUGUAUUAGUGGGAUGUAGGAGGAAAAGUUUAUGGUGGCUAGUCAAGUAUGUGGACAAUAGAUGCAGAAUAGUAACAGAUCAAAUAGUAUUUUCAGUGUAUAAUUCUUAUCUUUUAGUUCUAUUACUUUUGAUUGGUUCGUUAUAUUAUGCGAUCGCUCCAACAAUUUUAAUUUAGUAUACAUUUUUGUAUCCCAUGUGUCAAUGUGAAUCAGAGUGAGCCGUGCGGUACUGUAUUGAGUUUGUUGAGUGCUAAAGACAUAACGGUUGUGUAUUUUUCUUAGUAUUUUACAUAGUGGUACCCCACACCUUAACACAUUAUAUAUUGUAUAAUGAUAAUUUUUGUAAAUUGCUAUAUUUUUCAUUGUUGCCAAUUAUAUAAAUGUGGUUAUAAUUGGACAUAGGAAUUUUUAAAAUCAUUGCUCAUUAUAAAUUUUGUAAUGUUGUUCAAUCUUUGACUGUUGUUGUAGCGAGAUGGUUUGCAUUUGAAGAUUUUUUGCUUAGCGUAAUAAUGAUCUCUUAAUUAAUAUUGUUAUAAAAUUCAUAAUUCUAUGUGAAUUCUGCCCACGACUAUCCAACACUGCCAAGUGAUGCUUCAUUCCCUUAGCACAUGUAUUUGUAACACAUUAUUUUAUUUCGAAUGUCAAACUUUUAAAUGAUAUAUUAAAUGUUUGUUACAUAGAUUAUAUUCGAAUAUAGAUAACAAAUAAACUUUAUUGAUGUGCAAUUUAAUAUAUUUGUUUAAUGGUCAGAAUAACUGUAUGAGAACACUUUCUGCUAAAAUAUCUAAAGCAAAUUUUUAUAUAAACAAGCUUCCCUUAACAGGAAUUAUAAAUAACUAUCUUAAUGUUUCAAUGUAAUUGUUUUAUAAUUUAAAUUUUGUAUUGAUAUAUUUGAAUUAAAAUAUUUUAUAUUUCAACAUGCCCUUAAUCGAACUGUCGGCAUCGGACUAUAUUAUUUGUAAAUAUUGUAAUAUAUCGGAGACAAUACUAUCAAAUUGGUGAUUUGACCAAUAGUUUAUAUAUAAAAAUUUUAAAGUAAUUCUGACAAUCAACGUUUCAGUUCAUUACGUGUAAUCCUCAACACAAGGCAGUUAUAUAUUGUUGUAUGUAAUUUUCAUCCUCUAUAUAUCUUUAUAAAUAUAUUAAAUGAAAACAUUUUAUAAGAAAAUAAAUAGCUAUGUUAUAUGUUAUGUUAUAAACAAGUGGGUUUUUGAUAUAUGUAACCGAGACAUGACAUAUUCACUUUGCAUUUAUUUUUUUUAAUUUUUUUUUUUUUUGUGUAUAUUUUCGACAUGGCACUUUUAAUGUUUAAACUUAAUUAGAUAUUUUAUAUUAAAAAAAAAAAGUAUUUUUUGAUUUUUAAGCAGUUAUAGAUUUUUAUCAGAAUUUAGCUAUUACAUACAGCUAAUAUUUGUUCCUGUGCUAUCAAAUGUUUUCUAUACCUUUAGUUUUUAAAUGAUUUUUUUUUUUAUGAUUUUUUAGCCUAUGUAAUUCUGUAGCUAGUCUUAAAUUCGCAAUAUUACCUUAUAAUAGCAUUUAUUCCUUUAUUAUGUAGUGAAAUAAUUCGAACAAUUCUUGAGAUUUGUGUAAUAAUUUAAAGUAACGUUAUUAGUUUUCGUACAUUAUUUGAGUGUCCUUAGAAGAUCUGCGUACGUUGUACUUUAUGAAUAUAAAGGAAUUAAAUAUCGGAUCUCUUGUUUACCUACAGUAUUUAAAUUACAUGUCAUUUACAAGACUG